CAACUUGACUUUUGAAAUUAACAAAAUACUCCUGUUAAUCAACACAUUUAAUUAUAUUGUCGAAUGUUUUUUUUUCCGCAUAAUAUGCUCGUAUACUUAUUUUUAAGUCAUUCUAAUAUUGACUUCUUUUAGUCUCUUAGACCAUCCACAAUGUGGGUGGGGGAAAAUGUGGGAAAAGAGGGAAAAGUGGGAAAAUUUGAUGAUUUGGUCACAGUGUGGUGGUGGAAAAAGUGGGUAAUCAGUUUAGUAUUUUUUUGUUAAAAUCAAUCUAUAGUUGAUUUUGUCACUUUAUUUUCAUAUAAUGAUCUUUAUUAUUACGUACUUAGUGAUAAUUAAUUAAUACGAACAGUUCGACAUAAUUUUUUUUUAAUUUAGACAUAUUUUUUCCGUCACUAAUUAAGUAUGACAUCAUCAAUGACAAAAUCACAAUAAUACGAGGAGGCAAAAACACAACUUUCCAAACAAGCCUUUGCUAAAACGAGAAAAAAAAAGGUUGUCCUUUUCCCAUCCGCCACUUCCCCCCACCAUUUGUCUCAUCUGGUGGGUUUUCCAACCCACUAAACCCACAAAACCCAUUUAAUGCCCUAUUCCCCCACAUUGUGGUCACAUUUCCCCUUUUUCCCACAAAAUCAACCUACACUGUGGGUGGUCUUAUAAUAUUAGUCAUAUUUUUCCUAGUUCUCAAAUUUAAGUCAUUGACCUAGAGAGGUGUCUUGAUUCAUAAUAGUUUUACAUUGAUUUGAUAUGAAGUGAUUGGACAAACACUUAAAGCAAGAAAAGUUCUUUACUUGCUAAACACUCCAUUAUGUUUUAAUUAUUGAAUUGGGAGGGAGAGUCUCUUCAUAGUUAAACUCAUAAUCUACAACCCCUUUCCCCUUUUCCUUUGAAAGUGGAACAUGAACCAAACAUGAUGAAGAUUUUUCUUUUGGGGUAGAACAUGAUGAAGAUUGAAUUGAAUAUGGGAAAAAGACCUUUCUUUUCUACACUAUCUAAUACGGAAAAGCAAAAACAAUACGUUGAAUUGAAUUAUAAUAUGAAAGAUUUAUGACAUGUUGGUGGGAGUUGGCCAGAGAAGGAGAAGCAAGGAGAACCACACACUGAGAUUUUCUUUCUCUCGUCGUGGGACCGCAACAAUGAUGUGUUGUAUCAUCCACAUCUCUUCCUUUUGAUUCCUUUUCUUCUUAUUAAAUUUGCUUGGGUGUAAUCAACCCAUUGGGAAAGGAGCAAAAUCCUUAUCUUGCCUGUAAUCGACGCGCUGUUAGCUCCCAUUUCCAUUCGUACUAUGGCUUCUCUUACCCUCCAUUCCUAAUCUCUUACCCUCCAAACUUUCUCUGGGUUCUGCUCACUUCUCAGAAGCUUCGCAGCUUUGUUAGGUGAAUUCGCCAAACAGAUCAGACAAAGCUCGGUUCUUUCCCACUUUUGCCUGCGUUUCUGGCUUCUGGGUUCGUCUCGGAUCUUGGAUUUACCUACUGGGUAGCUAAUAGGUUGAGGCGGGUCGCAGUCGGAAGAGAUGAAGAUUCAGUGUGAUGUGUGUGAGAAAGCUCCGGCGACGGUGAUAUGCUGCGCCGACGAAGCAGCGCUUUGUAGCAGGUGCGACGUUGAAGUUCAUGCGGCCAACAAGUUAGCUAGCAAGCACCAGCGUUUGCUCCUUGAAUCUCUGUCCAACAAGCUUCCUCCCUGUGAUAUCUGCCAAGAGAAGGCAGCAUUCAUCUUCUGUGUUGAAGACAGAGCUCUUUUCUGCAAGGAUUGUGACGAACCGAUCCAUUCUGUAGGUAGUCUCUCGGCGAACCAUCAGAGGUUCCUAGCUACAGGAAUAAGAGUGGCAUUGAGCUCUAGUUGCUCUAAGGAGGCUGAGCAGAGUUGUUUAGAGCCACCGAAUCACAGCAGUGCUCAACAAGUGUCUGCAAAAUUGCCUGUACAGCAGCAGCAGCAACAACAACAACAGUCGAGCUUCUCAUCCCCGUGGGGUGUUGAUGAUUUGCUUCACUUCUCCGAUUUUGGAUCGCCUGCUGACAAAAAAGAGCAAUUGCAGCUUGGAGAGUUCGAAUGGCUGGCCGACAUGGGUCUCUUCGGCGACCAACUCACAGAAGAGGCUCUCGCAGCAGCUGAAGUUCCUCAGCUACCCGUUUCACCUACAGUCAGUGUCAGCUCAUACAGACCUCCCAAAUCCAGCAUGCCACACAAGAAGCCGAGGCUCGAGAUCCCCGACGAAGACGACGAGCUUAACUUCAUGGUGCCUGAUAUUGGCUGAUUUCCAUAACAGCUUCACUCUCUAUAUCUAUUCGACAUCAUGUUAAGUAGUUCGAUAUCUGCAUAGUACACAUAUAUCGGACCAAGGGGGAGGAAGAACACAACAAUUACUUCUAUGGUUGGAAUUUGGAUCGUGUAUUUUGGGGGGGGGGAAGAACUCAGUGAAGAUAACUGAAAGAGCAUCAUGGCUUUGUUCGUUUUGCUCGUAGCUUGUGAAAUGAUGCAUCGUUGUGAUGCGUAUGUGGGGAAAGAAACUUAGCGAUUUAGCUGAACUGCUAUAAUGGUAGUAAAUUAAUUAAUGCAUCUUCUUGGUUCUAAUGCCUCGUAGAAAAGCCCUGACCGUCAACUCCGGCAGAAGCCGCCUGAUGUCCUCCGCGUAACCCUUGACGCCGUCGGCAGGGGGAAGAAGACCCGCCGCCGGGAAAACCAGCAAUUCGCCAUUGUAUAGGGAGGUAUAAUCCGACAGCGUUUGGGGAGGGAGGUAUACGUACGGACAGGAAAACUGGGCUUUAUUUUGAUAAAGGCCCAGAAAGCUUCUUCUCUAGGCCCAAGAAUUUGAUAAACGGGUAGCGUUUCGAAGGGGAGGGCAGGCCUGCGGCCGGCGAAAACGGGAAACCCGCAUAAAACAAAGAAACGGGUAUCAGAAACGGGCGAAACGGCCGAGAAAGGGUUCUUGUUUAAUUAAUCGAAGGCCUAAAGGAACGAAAAGCCCAGCAGCGUUUGGACGGGGACGCAGGCGGACGGCCCGGUAAAACUGGGCUCUCGUUAGACAAAGAGCCCAAAUACCUUUUUUCUCUACUUAUCCGAAGCACAAAAGAACUUGAAAAUGCGGCGCCGUUUCGUGAGCAAGGUAGGCCUGGGCCGGCGUAAACAGAGAAGCCCCGCAGAACGGAGAAACGAACACCAGAAACGGCCGAAACUCGAAACGUUUCGGGGUCCACAAAACCAAAAUCGAAACGCGAGAAAUUGACGAGAAAUUGAAAUUGACGAGAUACCGCGAUAUGAUUAAAUAUCGCGAUAUUUACGCGAUUUAUUGACUUUUUGCGAUAUAUUGACCGGGUAUGAACUUGCCGUCAAAUAGCUGGAAAAUUGAGUGGGAAAUGGGAGGGGAAAAUCCGACGAUUGCAUCGAAACACGGGGAAAGAACAUGGAAAAAGAUUCCAUUCACGAACUGUGCAAGAAUUCUUGUAUCCAAUUCUGAUUAAUUCGGUUUCCAGAAUGGGUUCUUCGUCCACUGCAGAGAGAGUACUUACUGUGAACUUGGGGAGAAUCGAAGAUUUCUGAUUCUUGUGCGAUGUCUAUGGACGAUUACUGCUUCGCUUCUGUGAAUCUGGAGCUAUGGUGGAAGCAGAAUCUGCAACAAUGAACAACCAUUUCCGUCGGAAAAGAUUUUCCCGGCCACUUUGCCGGAGGCGGCAGCUCCUCUUCCAGAAAACCCUACAACAAGUCUUCUCGGCCGUACUAAUAUAAAUCCAAGCUUCAUAUCACUUUGGGCCUGGUUUCUCAUUCAGGCCCAUUGCUUUCUUUUUCAAUCCACUCACUAUUAGCCUGAAUUAUUGUUGGGCUUUUUUUAGUUCGAAGUUUGGCUCAAGAUCAAGCGACUGAAAUCAACUCAUUCAUUUCCUCCUAACAGAUGCUCUUUGAGGACUACAUUAUGAUAUUGUGACAGACAAAGAACCGCUCUUGAAGGAAUGCAACAGAAAAAAAAAAAAAAAAAAAAUUAACACGUUUUUUUUAU